AUGACAUCCAAGAACGAAGGUUCAUAUUCGUCGCCAAGAAAUAGUAUUCAUGCUGAUGAACUCUUUGAUCAACUUGAUGCCAACAACGAUGGUGUAAUUGAUCGUGAUGAAUUAGCAGCGUUGGUUGGUGGUAAACAUAAAUCAUCGUCGUAUGAAGCGUUAAAACGUUCAUCUGGUGUCGGCUAUGAAGAUGUUGGUCACAGUGGUACCUAUCAUACACAUUCAUAUGAAGUAAGCAGUGAUUAUGAUGCUGAAGCACUUAGGCGAGCUGCUAGCUACACUGCUGAGACCGAUGCAGCUUGGUCCAGAUAUGGUGCUGAAGUACGAGGUGUUGGUCUCUAUUACGAUCCUCAUCCUCAAAUAAUUCGACGACAAAUACCUGGUGGUACUCACACCUUUACCCAACACAUUCGAAUCCGCUAUUUACAACCACCACCUAUUGCAUCAGCUGGUCCACUCAUCAUCAAAGAAGUGCGUCCACCUACACCUGCUCCUCUACCACCGCUUCGUAUUAUACAACAUGAACCAGCUCCUCCACAACUUCCUCCACUUAUUCUUCGUGAAAGACCACCUACACCACCAGCUCAAAUUCCUUCAGAAACAAUUAUCCGAAAUCUUCCUGCUUUACCACCACCACCACGAUCGGUCAUUAUUGAACGUUAUCCAGCUCCUCCACCUCGACCACGGGAUAUUAUCAUCGAACGUUGGCUUCCAUAUACUGCUGGUGGUGAUCGAAAAACAAUCGUGCUACGAGCCGAAGAAGCUAAAGAAUAUAAACCAGCACGUAAUGUCAUCAUCGAAUACGAACCAACUGGAGCUCGUGUUGUUCGAGAAUUUCAACAAUUGGGUGUCACUCGAGAAGAUCCAGAAACUUAUGUUCAUCAAUAUCGAACAGAAUUACUUGGCACGCAAACACUUAUUGAAAAAGCUCGUGCUUCUGGUGUUAUUGAAGAUAUUUCUAUUCCAUCUGGUGUGACUUCACUAACACACAGUACAGAUGUAACUUAUAGAACUGGUAGUGAAUUUGAUUUAGUUAAUGACGAUAUAGGUGGUUAUUCAUCAUCACACACGACCGGUGGCUACAAAAUUUCGUCUGGUAAUCGAAACGGUCGUCAUGUCAGUGGUGAAAUUGAUGAUGGUUAUGUUGGAAAAGGUAAAAGUGAAUAUCGCACAACAACCUAUGAAAAAACAUAUUCAUCAGGCGGUGGUGCUACCUCUAGCAUGGCUUCUACUGGUUUCACUAAUACCAAAGCUAAAUAUUAA